UUUAGUGAUAAAGGAAGGAAACGUUUUCAGAAUAUAUUUUUUCUCUGGUAUCAUGUUAUUAAUAUUGAUUUUGAUUACAUCAAUAUACGCUAUCCCACUAGAUUUUCCUUGUUAUGAUGAUACAUGGUUUUUUUCAAACGAAACGGGAAAAUGUUAUAAACCAAUAAUGGGAGCACAGAAAUUACCGUUUUCAAAUGCGUCACAAGCAUGCAAAACAUACUUGCAAAAUAUUUCAAAAGUCUCAAUAAAUUUAGUAAAAUUAUCUAAUGAAAAUGAAGCUGAUGCAUUUGUGAAGUUGUUGUCUGAAAAUGCUUUUAAAGAAACAAUUUGGAUUGGAGCUAAUCGUAGUGAUGCGAAGCAACCAUUUAUUUGGUAUAUGGAUGGUAGUACAGCUCUUUUCGACUACACUGAUUGGUCUCAAGGAACGCAACCAGGAGAUUGUAUUGGCUUCUCAUAUACAACUCAACCAAUAUCUGGAACCGAUAAGUGGACUAUAGUUAAAACGAUCGAUAAUAAACCAUGUGAUAUGAUGCGUUCAUUCAUUUGUGAACAUAAAGUUCCACUUUGUACAAAUCCGCCAGGCGGCUUUAAUCAAACUACAAUGAUCAUAAAACCAUCUAUCAUGGCUCCAAGAUCUAUUGUACAAGUACAAUGUGCACCUGGUACAUUAAAAGAUCCUAUUACAUCUAAUAACCGAUUAUCCGGUUUUGAUGUGGAUUUAAGCUUAUCAGAAAAUUCAUAUAAAUGCACAGGAAAACGAUUUAAUAAUAAUCCAAAUCCUGAAGAUCCUUUAAAGUUUCAACCACAACUAUUCUAUUCAGGCUAUUUACUACCAACAUGUUCAUCUGUGCGUUGUAAUGAAACGGAAUUGGACAUCACUAUUCCUAAAAAUGCUAAGUUAGUUACUGCACGUAAUCGUAUCACGGAACAAGUCUUUGGCUUACAUCAGGUUAAUCAAUUCUAUUCAUAUGGAAAUGUGAUUUCUAUCAGAUGUAAUCCAGGAUAUCUAUUUAACGAUCGUACUACAGAAAAACAGGUAUCUUGUGAAUUAGCGCCUGGUUCAAAUACAAUUGGAGAAUAUCGUGGUUAUUCUGGUACAGUACUACCAUUACCAACAGAAUGUCAAGAGGCCACUUGUUUAUAUGAACAAGCCGUAAUACAACCGGAUUAUAAUAUGGAACCAUAUUUUAUUGUCAUGAAAAGUAACAUAGACGUGAUGAAUUUGACGAAACACAGUGGAGUUCCAUAUCCACGUGGAACAGUGAUUCGAUACUUUUGCAAAGACGGUUACGAAAGUAUUCAUCAAAAUUCCGAAUUAAAUAUCACAUGCGGUAAUUACGGCCAGUGGACUCCACAACUAAUUGGUUGUAUUGGUAAUCAAACAAUAUUUGGUUGUUUUCCUUUUACAAUUUUCCUCUGUAGAUCCAAUAGGCUUUUGCAUUAAUAAUUAACAGUACAUUUGUAUUUUUCCAAACAAAUGGAAAUUUGAGUGAUUCACUGUUUACCAGUAAUAGUAUAUUUCACUGACUACUAAUCAUACAACGUUUCUUGCAGUCGAUAAUUAGUUCGAGAGGUAUACACUAAGAAAGUGUAGUUAUCAGUAAUAAGCCACAAUUUUAUUCCAGUUUAUGGAACAAAGACCAUAUAAAAUACAGCGAGAAGUAAGCUAACCUUAGGUAUUCUAUUUUAUCCAUAACUCGUUUUCAUCGAACAACUUUAUACAGGAAAACUCUGUAACCUUUCUAAACAUAUUGAUGACUUUAUUGCCGUUCACUGACUCAACACUUAUUUGCUUUAUCGAUAUUUGAUGAUAAAAUAGCCUGUCAAGUCCAAGUGUUUACCUGUGAUAAGAAUGUAUUAAUUAGAAAAGCAAUAAUUCAUCAGUUCGCGACUUCUUUUCGCAGUUAGUAUUCAUUUGUGUUACAGUACUUAAUACUUAAUAACUAUUAGAGUAAUUAAAACUAUUCUUUGAAUGUUCAGCACUUUAAAGUGAAUACAUCUCAUAAACG